GUACUCUUUUUUUGUUUGUUUCUUUUUUGUUUAUUUUGCGAUGUCUGGACGUGGCAAGCAAGGUGGUAAGGCUCGGGCUAAAGCGAAGUCUCGCUCUUCGCGGGCAGGUCUCCAGUUUCCCGUGGGCCGAGUGCAUCGCCUGCUUCGUAAGGGUAACUACGCUGAGCGGGUUGGGGCUGGCGCGCCGGUGUAUUUGGCAGCGGUGUUGGAGUACUUAACGGCCGAGAUACUGGAGUUGGCCGGUAAUGCGGCGCGCGACAACAAGAAGACUCGCAUCAUCCCACGCCACCUGCAGCUGGCCAUCCGCAACGAUGAGGAGCUUAACAAACUGCUGGGCCGCGUGACCAUCGCUCAGGGUGGGGUCUUACCGAACAUCCAGGCGGUGCUGUUGCCUAAGAAGACCGAGAGCCACCACAAGGCCAAGGGCAAGUGAUUUGACAGGGAUUUGAGUUUCCGGAAGUGUUUGCAAACCCAAAGGCUCUUUUCAGAGCCCCCCACUAUUUCAAAGGAAGAGCUAACACCACUUGGAAUGUUAAAGAAAAAGGAAGGUUUCAAAAGCUUCUCACUACAGAGACACCUAGAUCCAGAGUGUCUGUCAAACUCAUCAAUUCUCAGAAAUAAAUGGAUUGGCAGCUGUGUUCUGACAUCAUUGAUUGAUUCCGCACCUGCAAAUUUUUUCCUACUAAAAACUUACUCUGGGUUUCUUUCUUCGUGGGUACUGUGUGUCUUGGGGAUGAGGAGAGUAAAAGGGAAGGGGUGGUAAAUAUUAUUGUGGAGAAGCUCUCUUUAGUACAAAAUGUACCUAAUUUCUUGAAUAAGUAAUACAUUCACAGGGUUCAACCAAAUCAAAAUAACAAAGUAUAUGUUGAGAAUCCACUCCUCACUGGAUUACCCCACUGCUCCCUAGGUAACAUUAUUUUCCUUGUGUAUUUGCCUAUUGUUA